AGUGACUUCGCGCGCGGUGAGCAGCACGGGCUGGGCAUCGCGCGCAAGGCUGACUCGGUAGCCCGGGCGGUGGCCGGCGUUAGCGGCGGCCAGACUCCCGCCAGCCCCUCCCUCCCCCCGCGAGUGACAGCGGCUCUUCCUUUCCCUAUUGGUGGAGAGCGGCCCGCCCAGAAACAGCCCGUCGCCCAUUGGCGCAGCCGGAACGCUCGUCCCCGUGCCCGGCCGCCUAUGGGAAGGGCGGGUGAUGUUUAAAAACAGCCCCGCGGGCAGAGGGGCGCGGGCUGUGCGCGGGGUGUCGGCGCUACGCAGCUGGUUGGAGUCUUGCUGUCUCCCCUAAGAAUUGCAUUGUUCCGGCUCCUCCUAGUUCCUCCUGGGGACUCUGGCCAGUGAUCUCAUUACACUGAAGAUGGCAACCCUUAUAUUCAUAGACAAAGAGAAUGAAGGAGAUGUUGGUGCCGCUCCUAAGGAUCGGCUAAGAUUGUCCUCAGUAUCUUCAAAAGUCUUAUCUGAAAGAUCACAGAUCCAGACUCCACUUGUUGGAAGAACAGCUAAUGCAACUCCAGCUCGGUCUCAGUCUGUCAGAAAGGCUCUCGGAAAUGUAAACAGGACUUUGGGAACCACAAACAAGAAGGAAAUUCGGAAACAGAAAAAACAGGCUUUGCCUUCCAAGGAAACUACUGGAAAGACCACUCAAGUGGAAAGUUGCAGUGUGGCCGCUGAAGAAGCCUAUCCAGAAAUUGAAAACUUCUUUCCCUUCAAUCCUCUCGACUUUGAGAGUUUGGAAGUUCCUGAAGAACACAAAUUAAGCCACAUGUCCCUGACUGGGGCUCCUCUAUUGAUAUUUGACAAAAAUAUACCUGACAGAUGUAUAAACAUGGUCCCGUCACCUGUGAAGCUGUCUCACAUUUCAUGGGAAUGUGAAUUGCUACAAUCAACUGCCAACUUUCUCUCUACCUUGGAUGAAAUCAUUGACUUGCCACCUUUGAGUGAUGACUCUUAAAGUGAAUUUUGAAAGCUUUUUUAAUUGAGCACUGAAUAGCUUUGAAUCUUUAUUUGUAUCUUUUAAUAAUAAAGAACUAGGCUAACUUGCAUAA